UAUUCAAACAACAACCACAAAAGUGGUUUUGAUUUCAACACUUUGCCAGAGAGGCUCAGUGGUCACAACUUCGUGUUGCAUCAUGGACAUUGUUCUCAAAGACGCCAAAGGAGUGUCUCCUGAGACGAUCAUCUCCAUACGUGCUGGAGCAACGCGCCGUCAGGUUCCAGUCUCGCUGGUGGGAGAAAAACCUUUCAAGUUCCCUUGCACAUUGCGCGAGUGCAGCGCCAUCAAGGUGGAUCUUCUCACAGUGGCGGCAUCAGCACGUGCAGUUCUGACACCUGAGAGUGACCAGCAAACUAUUACCCUGCCGAUUGGCAAGCAGACGGUGCCAAAGCAGGCAGAACAGCCAGCCGAGGAUGCUGAGGUGACUUUGGUGGUCAGUGAAGCAGGUGAAGCAGCGCCAGUCAACAGCGCUGCUAAGAAAAAGGCGAUUGCAGGUUCUGCUGAGGAAUACAUGGAGAAACACGGAGUGCAUUCUAUACUGCAGGGCUUGCUAAGCGGUCUCAUCAAAGACAGGCCUGAUGAUCCCUAUAGCUAUGUUGCAUCGCAGUUUAAAUCCAAAGCAAAGGAGAAGGCGCCUAUGGAGGAUCUACGCACCCAAGCAAGAGAUGCCUUGCUGCAGGGUGCACGCAGUGGAAAGCUGUUGGAGGUGCUGCGUGAUGGAGGUAGUCCCAAGAACAAGCGCGGCGAGCAAACUCCGACAGGUAUGUCAGAGUCAGAAGUGAACCGCUUGCGAAGCGAAGCGGCUGCUUUGCUCUUGAAGGGAGCCCAGUCUGGAAAACUGUUUGAAGUCUUGCAAAAGAGAAAGACCGAAGAUUUCGGAGCACCUCCAGAGCAGUCUGGUGAGAUCAAGCAAGACAACCAGGCCCCAGAAGAGAUGGACAUUUUGAAGCAAAAAGCCAGAGAGGCCCUACUGAUCGGUGCGCAGUCCGGAGCUCUGCAGGCAGCACUUGCUGGGAGAAGUGGAGCUGCAGCUACAGAGGUGGAACAGCUUAGAGCCCAAGCCCGAGAAGUGCUGUUGAAAGGAGCACAAAGUGGAAAGCUUCAGCAAGUCUUGGCAGGUCAUGAAACGAAAGAGGAAGAAGUUCAUGAUAUCGAUGAAAUAAGAGGAGAGGCCUAUGCAGCUCUACUGGAAGCGGCAGAGUCAGGGAAGCUAGAGGAGAUCUUGAGUGGUGGUGCCGGUGCGGCAUCCCAGUCAGAUCCAGACUUGCUCCGGAAACUGGCCCGCGCCACCUUGAUGGAAGGAGUGCAGUCAGGAAAGCUGGAUCAGGCCUUAGCCAAGCGCAAGGCCAAAGGCUCAGAUCAGGGGCAAUCCACCCUCGAUUUGAGGGGACAGGCAAGGGCUGCGCUGUUGGAAGGUGCAAGCUCUGGAAAAUUGCAGGAACUCCUUGCCAAAAAGCAGAAGGAUGGGGAAUCUGUUGAUCCAGAUGCCUUGCGGCAACAGGCCCGGCAGGCAUUGCUGGAAGGUGCUACCUCUGGAAAAUUGCAAGAAGCCUUGGCAAAGAGACAACAGCCUUCUCAAUCUGAUGGAGAUGCUUUGCGUUUGCGGGCACAGGCCGCGGCUGCUCUGUUGGAAAGUGCUGAAUCUGGCAAAUUGCAAGAAAUCUUGGCGAGUCGACAACAGCCUGGUGCACCUGAGAAUGAUGAUGUGAACACAUUGAGGCAACAGGCGCGAGAAGCACUUUUGGAAGGUGCACAAUCUGGCAAACUCUUGGAGAUUUUGCAAGCAAAAGUCAAUGAGACAGACGACAUGGAAAGCCUGCGUGCUCAGGCGCGUGAGGCAUUGAUGGAGGGCAUGGCAAGUGGCAAACUUGCAGAAAUGCUAAGCAAGAAAGCAGAGGACGCGGAAGUCAACGACCUGCGCCAGCAGGCUCUACAAGCAUUACUGGCGGGCGCCCAAUCGGGCAAGCUGAGUGAAAUCCUUACCCAGAAGACGAGUGCAGCGUCCGCCUCUGAUGCCACCGGUAGCGGCGCGGGCGUGGAGGCUUUGCGCCAGCAGGCGCGGGCCGCGUUGCUGGAAGGAGCGCAGUCUGGAAAGCUACAAGAGGUGCUUGCGCACAAGGAGCAAGAAGCCAACAAAAUUGAAGAUCUGAGAGUGAAGGCGAGAGAUGCACUUCUGGCAGGUGCCCAGUCUGGGAAGCUGCAAGACUUGCUGACAAAUGAGUCGGGGAAUGAGAUGACUCAGAAACCCGAGACUCUCGAGACUUUGAAGGAGAGCCUACCACCACCUGCUGACAGGGAGAAGAUUGUUGAAAUGCAGACAGAGUUGAAGCUCAUGUCUGAGCAGAACAAGAAGUUGGCCGCUGAGAAGGAAUGCCUGGAACAACUGGUCGCAGAGUUGGAAGCCAAGAAUGCGGAGUUGAAAUCCAAGAAUGCUUGAGCGAUGAAGCGAGCUUCAGGUCUGGUUACUCUGGUUGACCUUGAGGCUUAUUCAUAGCUGAGUUUUCUUCUGUGCCCAUUCCUGAAGAUUACAACCAGUGAGCUAAGUUUUGUU